UGAAAUACAAAGUUUUAACGAGAAGUACGUCCUUCAAGAAAAUUUGGUUAUAGUUUUACCUCUGAAUAAAAUUGUUUAUUUAGUAUGUGAUCUACUAACUCGGACUUCCGCGAGUAUAUCCAUGUUUUAUCAUGCGGAACAAGUUAUACACAACGACGAGCCGGGCAGCACUAAGGUGGCCUAUGUAUCUGAGGGGCUGAGACUACUGCCGCCGGCACCACUUCUAUCGUGGUCUUCCGCAGCACCAGCAGCAUCAUCUAGGAGUUAUCCAGGGCGUCUAGCAGAGAGGGUUUACAGGAGCAGCAUCAGCAGCACUCGGGAGCACCUCUUCUUGAAAACGCUGGGGGAAAGUGUCGCCCGACUACCAGCGUUGCUCCUACCGCCACUAGAGCAGCCGAGAGCCUCUUGAAACUUACCGGAGCUGGCUCGAAUCCGUCACCGAUGCAAUCCUUUUCGGUUCAGCCAUCUGUCGAGGAGUCCCGUAGUGGUAGCUACAGCAGCAGCAGUAGCAGCAGCAGCAGCAAUAGUAACUGUGUAGAAACCGCCCCUAGCAACUCUUCGUUGUCAGUUCUUGGUGUUCCUCCUAUGUCCUCGCGAACGGCGCGUCAUUAUUCCCAAACGAAAGCUGUGGCCAGCGCAAUUUUGCAUCGAUCGCACACAGCAGGCAUACUGCUCUCAACGUGCUUCUACGACACGGAGAAAAAACGCGAUCUAACAACACUCAAAAGUGUUUCCGUAUCAGAGGACGUCCCUACGUGCACACGUCGUUGGUACUACCCGUUGCUGAUACCCGACGUUGAUGGCUUAAUCAAUCAAUUAUUCGUGUAGAUCGCACUAGACAGCAUCGGACACGUGUAGACGUUGUCAUAGUGAAAGAAAAGCGUACUGUACAAUAAUAUUUAAUAUAUUCAUAUCGGUACAAACAAACCAAUCGAUGCACCAAUUAAUCAAACCGUGCGUUCUGAGCCAUCGAUGGUAGAAAACCAACACAAAAUCAUUCCCUUUCGUAGCUAUUAAGUACCGUUAACAAAGUGCUUCUGAAACAGGGGAACUUCUAGCUAUACUUAUCAUCAGAUAGUUUUAACAACGUGAAAAUAAAUAUCGAAGGUAGACAGAAGUCUUCGCAGAGAGAAAAUUGAUCAUGGUUGCCCUCCGGGAGAACCACCAUCCAACGCAAAAUGUCGAUUUAGAAGCAGUAAAGGACGAGAUGAGUGAGAAGAGAGCUUCUCGUGUAUCAACCACCCAAAGCCUAUCAGCGAUCUCUGAAAAUGGAGUGGCCGAUGACGAUAUGGUUGACGUUCACGUCACCACAGCGCCGGACGGCGGAUACGGAUGGGUGAUCGUGUGUACCUCCUUCCUGUGUUUCGUUGUUGUAGACGGAACUAUCUUUUCCAUGGGUCGCUUUUUAGAAGAGUUCGAAAAACACUUUAACAGUAGCAAAUCGAAGACGGCCUGGGUAGCAUCGAUAAUGUCAGGAUGGUAUCUUCUUGUCGGUCCAAUUGCGGCUGGCUUAUCCAACGCACUAGGGUGCCGAGUGGUCGCAAUUUUGGGCUCAGUUCUCGCUGCAGCUGGACUCGCUCUUUCAGCAAGCGCGAGCACCAUCAGUCAACUUUAUUUCACUGCAGGUUGUAUGACAGGGAUUGGUUUUGGUUUCAUCUACCUACCAGCAGCAUGCACGAUAAGCUUUUACUUUGAGAAGAAACGUGCGUUCGCGACUGGUAUCGCAGUUUGUGGAUCCGGAAUGGGAGGUUUCAUUCUCGGUCCUGUUACCAAUUGGCUGGUGAACGAACUCGGCUGGCAGAGCUCGCUCUACGUGCUAGCGUGUAUGGCAUUAUCCUGCUCAUUCAUCACGGCAUUAUUUAAACCGCUCAAUGCUGCUGAGCUGCCCGAUAAUCAGGAUGAUGAGGACGCGACUGAAGAAACUAAACAUUUGAAUAACAAUAACACCAAUAUGAAUACUGAGAAAAGCGGCACGCCCAGUUUCCCCAAUGGAAAUGUGAAGAACGCUCAGAACGGAUCUACGCCAUCCCUAGUCGUUAACGAGGCGAUAGCUGCUGCAAAGUUCCGAUCGAACUUUGAACUAAAUACCGACUACAGACAUAGCAUGGAUGGAGCCUCUCACAAGGGAUCCACUCCCGUCGGAUCACAACAUGAACUUCGCAAGAUGGGAUCUAAUGCGAAAAUGAUUGGAGCUAGCCGAAAAUCCGUGUAUCAUCAUCGGAGUAAACUGAGUAUCGAUUACGGUGCACUGCGGGCCCGUGGCCUCUCACUGGCUUCAUUGUCUACAGAGCGACGCUUAACUCAGCCUGAUCUCAAACCGAUGCUUCGUAAGGAUGUGUUUCUUUCAGCUAGCUUGCAAAGGAUACCUGAAUACCGGUCGCAAACAAAUAUCAAUGACUAUCACGCGAGCGUUCUGCAUAUACCCACCCUACUUGGCGAUGAUAACCAGCAAAAGAUGUGUGGCUGUAUCCCACAGAGUCUUAUCGACGCGUUAAAAUCAAUGCUGAGCUUCAACCUUUUGAAAAGUCCCUCUUUCUGGAUUUUGGCGUUGUCCGGAUUUCUCACUAUGAUGGGUUUCUUUAUUCCUUUUCUUUACCUCUGCAAGGCUGCUACCUCAAAGGGCGUUGAAAAGGACAAGGCCGUAGUGUUGCUCGCCGUGAUCGGGAUAACCAACACGGCAGGUCGAGUCUUCUGUGGCUGGGUUUCGGAUUUGCCUAAAGUAAACGCUCUGGCGAUUAAUAAUGUGGCGCUUAUAGGAGGCGGAAUAGCGACGGCUCUUCUACCAAACCUACUCAUGAAGUCGUUUGGCCUUCUCUGCGUGUACGCUGCUAUAUUUGGUUUUUCUAUUGCCUGUUUCGCAGCUUUGCGGUCCAUCAUAGUCGUCGAGCUCUUCGGUUUGGAAAAGCUGACGAAUGCUUUUGGACUUCUUUUGUUGUUCCAGGGAGUCGCAUCCCUCAUUGGAAGCCCAUUCGCAGGUCUUCUCUACGACCUUUCUGGUUCCUACAAUUUGACCUUCUACUUUUUUGGAGCUGUGAUCGCUGCAAGCGGACUGAUGUGUCUACCGGUAAGUGCCGUCAUGAAAUGGGAGCGACGAAGCAAAAUCCACCGAAGCGACGUCGAAAUGUCCUGCGGACAAUUAUCAGAGUGUUAGUAACUAUCGUUCGAGAAGCAGCCAUUAGACGCCUAGAAAAAAGCCAUACAUUACGAGAGAAGAAGGCGACGAUGCUAGUGCAUACAAUUAAGCUAAUCUGCCAAAGAAGUGCCUAUAUGGACGGUCGAUGACUUCACAUAAAGAUUUUGCUUUUCCGAGAAUAGCGUUUUGAACAGCUGCCUUAUGUCCACUACGCGUGAAGGAAGACCUAAGACAUCGCUAAAAGCGCCGGCUGAACAGCUGAUUAUACAAUUUCACCGAUUCUCUCGUCGAUGGUAUGCGACCUCGUUGUUCAUCGAUUUCGUGCCUAUUGUAUUACCUACAUAUGAACGUAUAGAUUCGUCAUCUGCUUAAACGACAACUGAAAUACACCCCGUUGGGUGCUGUUCACCAAAUGAAAACGUUUUCCUCUUCCGAUGACUCGCCGCCACUUCCCAACCACCUGCUCACGUGCGCUCUGCUCUGUAAAAUAUUAUAUAAUAGAAGAUAUGUGUGUCUGACUGUAACGUAGCAUAUAAAGUAACAAAUGACGUGGUCCGAGGUUACAUGUCAAUUCUGUUGUCCGGAGUCGAUGAUAUACACACUCAUCGCUUGCGGCACCCAAUACAAACAUCAAGUAUUAAGGGUAGUGUUGAUUAGAAUGAUACGACGCCACCUCUACGCCAAAUGUAGAUAAAAUAUCUAAACAAAUAAUACGCUUAAUAAUUUUAGUUGGCGUCUUAUAAUCUGAUACCCACGCAAUCCUAAUGUCCGAAAAUGACAAGACGUGUGUUUCAAGUUUUUGAAGUAAUUUAAUAAAAAGUAAGAACUCAUAUUAUAUCAGUGAUUGUGACAAUCGCUAGUAUCUAGAAACGUGUUCUAUACAUGGGCCCGCCAGUAAGACAAACACUAACAUAUACAUGUUUUCUUUAUCACCGUGAACCGUCGUCUCAGUCAUAUUAAAACUAAUCGUUACGUUUGUGGUACUAUAUGCUGUUUUUUUUUUUCUUAAAUUUCCUGAUAAUUAAUGUUUUUAGUUUUUACCUAAAAAAUAAUUUCAUAGAUUCAUUGUAUUGAAUUGUCUAGCUAAACGUCGUUUUUCUUUUAAAUGUUGGUUCACGCAAAUGCGUUAGUUAACUGGAUAGAUAGUAACGUUAUUUCGACUACCCGACCCGGUCAACCAUCCAAAAUAGACGGGACCGCCAAAAGGCACCUCAGAAGGAAGAGAAACACUAGGCAGACAGUAGAUGGAUUGGCUACGAAGAUAGAUUGUUUGUGCUUCUAUUCUCAGGCACAUUAAAUCUCACUCGAAAAUCAAGGGCCUGUAUACCCCAUGAAUCGAGUAAGGAGCACAGAAAGCCACAGCUUAUUGUUCUUUAAGCGACCACGUGUUUUGAUCCAAAUUAUUUUCAGUGGCAUUUCUAGGCAUGUUUUUACACAGUGAUGUAUUAUAAGUGGCCUGCUAUAAUCUGGCUGAGUCUGUUAUAAAUUUACACUUUAGAACGUCACUCAUACAAAGAAUUGCAGCUUGAUCUAGCGUUUUUCUCGAAUUUUAACAAUAAAUUAGUUUAUGUGUACGUCGUCGCUCUCUACGGCCCUGUGCUACUCCUAACUAACAUCCAAUAUGGCGUCUGCCAACACGCAGCUCCAAAAGCACGUUUAUGCACAAAAUUGUUACAGAUAACAAAGAUCGCUAUAUUUAUAUUAAUACAAGGAAAAAAAGAUGUGCGGUAGAUACCCUCAAGUCUCGAAUCGGAACUCCAUUUCAAAAACCGCAUUGAUUAACGUUUAAUGAUAGUGAAAGGGUUCUAUGUACUGGGAAUAUUCAAGAAAAACAGCUGUUAUUUAUAUAUUUAAAGGACUCCAAUAAUAUGCAAGCCCAUCGAUCACCACAACGAUGCCGGAGAACAUAGGAUAAAAGUCGUUAAGGCCGCCCUUGCAUUCGUUAACCACACGUUGGUAGAACACCACCUUUCGACAAGAGGCAAUUAAAAUUAUCACCGUACAUUUUUGUAAUGGACAGUGUCAGAAACCGGCUGCGUAAAACCAAAA